AGAGAGAGAGAGAGAGAGAGAGAAUCAGUGUCUCCUAGCCCUCCCCUAUCUAUCUUUCUUUUACUUGUUCUUUCCGGUGUUCUCGUGAUCCUCCCACCCACACAUCCACACGACCCACCCCCGAAAAGUGUGUGCUCUGAUCGUCAGUCAGUCAUCCAUCCGGCGGCCGAACGAAACGCAGGGGAAGCAGUGUUCUCGAUACCCCGGCCGCGCGGGAUGACUCGAAAAAAAUGUGCGUCGUACCGAUGUGGCUGACGAGGCUGGAAUCAGGCCUCGCGCGACCCACUGUAGCUCUUAGAGGAUGCACAAGAUAACCAAGGGCCUGAAGAAGAAGAAAAAGCAGAAGAAGGGGAAGAAGGGCGCGGAGGAGGACGAGUUCGACCCGGAGGAGCUCGAGCGUUAUAGGCGCGAGCGGGCGGAGGCCCAGCAGAAGGCCGAGCAGUCCGGCGAGCAGGCCAGUAACGCCGGUUCCGACGAGUGGAAGAAGUUCGAGGCGUUGACCGCCGGCGUCGACUCGAUCCUAAAGAAGACCCAGGGGGAUCUCGACCGUAUCAAGUCGACCUCGUUCUUCCAGCGGAAACCGCCCCUAGAGGAGGACAAGAAGAAGGAGGCCGAGGAGGCGGGGGAGGGCCAAGAGGAGCAGGGCAAGAAGGGCUCGAAGAAGUGGGUGGGCUUCGACGAGGAGGGCAACCCGAUCGAGGAGGAGCCGCCUGACUUCGAGGGGAAGGGGAAGGAGGGGAAGCCUCUGGUGAACGAGGACGGUCUCGUGGAUGUGCCGGAUGACAACGAUGAACAGGAGGACUCUGUGGACGAGGACAUCUUCGACACCACUUACGUGGACGUUCUGCAGAACAUCGACGUUCAACUAGCUUACAUACCGGACAGCCCUACCGAAGAGGACACCGGCGACGAUCCGUUCGACACUACCAGCGCGGACAAGGUCCUCAAGACAGUCGACAAGAAAGGCAACAAGCUAGUCAGCCUAGGGAACGCGGUCGAAGUUCUCUCCGGCCGUGUCGACUACGUCAGUUCCUGCAAGAUCUCGAAGGGCCGACGUCCCAGGAUCCAGCAAGACCUAUUGUUAGACGACUUCGGCGAGUCCGAGUUACCAACCGAAACCGUAUCCGCCGAGCCCGUCGAGGUCGAGAAGACCUUGUUAGACGAUGACAGUGAUCUUCCCGACAUCCCCGUCGAUCUAACCAAACUUCCCCCGGUUCUGCCGCGAGCGACCAGCCCGUUGCCCGCCCAAGAAGCUUCGGCGGAGGCCAAACAAUCCAACGAGCCUCUGGACAUCUCGGAGUUCGAGGUUCUCAAGGAGAAGAACAUCCUAGAGGAGAUCCCGGACUUAGACGACGCGGAGUUCGACCUACACGCCCCGCCGGAUGCGCCCGUGCGACUCGAAGAGGCGGAGGAUCCGUUCGGUGCCAAGGAACCCGAGAGCCUAGUCUUCCAGAACGAGAUCGCGGAGGCCAGCUUCGAGGCUGCCACGUUCGUCGACGAGGAGGAUCCCUUCGACACCACUUUCGCGGAGAACAUCCUACCCGGCAAGACUGAGCUCAAGUUCAUCGAGAAGGAGCUAGAGGAGCUUCCGGUGUCCGAGGUGACGAUAUCCCUGACCGAUCCAGCUGGCCUGAACAGGGACUACGAGACAGGACUGUUGACAGAGGAGAAUGGCGGGACGGGUCUCCGGGGGAAGAAGGAUCUGCUAGGAGGAUCCACCACCGACCUCAGCCAGUUAGCUGACCAACCGAUCGCUCCGGUCGAAGACAUCACCUACGUGGACCCGUUCGACACCUCUGCGGUGCAAGAGAUCCCACCUGGCAAGACAGAGUUGAAGUUCCUGGAGAAAGAACUACUUGGAGAUCAAGCGAAGCCGACCAGCGAAGAGUUAGACGACGACGACUUCGAUCCUAGGAAAGAAGAGCAACCCGUGGUUGCAGCUCAAGUCGCGCCGUCGAAAGUUCCGCCUAGACCUCCUUUACCAACUGCCCCAGUUCAGCCAACGUUCAAAGUCGACUUCAACGAGGAAGAGAAGAAGGAAGAGGCGGUUGCCGGCCAGGACCGCGGAAGAAGGACCUCGAGGCCUGAAGUCCUCGAGUUGGCACCCGCCAAGGCCGUCGCGUUCGAGUUGCCGACUCCAUCGAAGAGGCCAGACCUGCUCGCCACUUCCGAAGAAGAGAAGACUCUGCCCUCGAAGCCGCUGACACCGUAUUACUCCCAGAAAUCCAUCGAGGAAGUAUUGCCACUCGACGAGGAGGAGGCUGAUGUGGACCCCUUCGACACGAGCUUCGUCGCCAAGGUAGCGCCCGGCAAGACCGAGCUGAAGCUGAUCGAAACAGAGCUGCUGAAGCAGGAGACGAAGCUGCCGCACAGCAUCAGCGACCACGAUUUCAAUCCGAGAGCCGAGACCGAGCCGACCAGACGGCAGAGCGACUUCUCGGCUGGCUCUGUCAGGCCUAGCGACUUGAAGCUCAAAGAGGUGCAGACUUCUGUGCUGAAGAAGUUCGAAGAGGAGAGGGAGCCGAGGCGGCCGCAGCGACAGGAGAGUCUGCUGGACGCCGAGAUCGACGUAGACGCGAAGCCCCUGACACCGAGGAUCGAGUCCAAGGCUAUCGAAGAGGAAGAGAUCUCCUACGAGGACCCUUUCGACACUUCGAUCGCUACCAACAUCCUACCCGGGAAAGCGGAGCUGAAGAUCCUAGAGAGCGAGCUGCAGCAGAUCUCCGGAGAAGUUCCUGUCCGACCUCCUACCGUCAAUUUAACCGCGAUCAUCGCCGCCAGCGUGCCGGAGAUCGACGACUUCGAUCCCAGAGCCGAAGAGAAGAAGGAGUCCCAGGACUUCCUGUGCAUCGACGACCAAGAUCCAGGAACCAAGGUCCUCACACCCCUGCAGAACGAGAGCGUAGUCUUCGGGGAGGACGUCGAUCCGUUCGAUACAAGCUUCGCCACCCUAGGACCCGGGAAGACGGAGCUGAAGCUGCUAGAGUCUGAGCUGAUGGACAAAAGAGGAUCUUCUUCCAAUUGCUUCUGCGCUGAUCCUUUCUCUUUAAGACUUUCUCUACCGACACUGCGAUUUAUUGAAAGUAAUAGUACCUUCUACCGUUCACCGACUCGAUCGUCCGCCAUCAUGGAUUCCAAAGGAGGCAACCCGUUCCUGAUGGACGAUUACGGAGCAGAGGAGGACGACAGGCUCGCGGGGCAAGCCUCGAAUCCGUUCCUCCAGGAUUUCACGGACACCGGGGCGAGCGGGGACGGGGCGAAUCCGUUUCUGAACUUCGCCAGCGACCAGUCGUAUCAACCGACGAUGACCGUCGACUCGACGAACCCGUUCGCCUCGUUCGGCGUCGACACGUCCGCGCCGAGCGCAGGCUUCGAGCCCGCCACCACCGAUACACCAGCGACCAAUAUAUUCACUAGCCAAUCCACCAACAUUUUCGUGACAUCCGAAUCUCCCGGGGACUUGUUCGACGCGGCGGCCCCGACGCCCGCGUCCGACGAGAUCUUCGGGCAACCUGCGACUCACUCGACCCCGUCGCCACCCUCGCAGCCCAAGAAUGAAAAGGUCGCGCCGUCGAGGCCGCCUCCGCCGCGGCCGCAACCCCCUGCGCCACCUAAGCACACUAAAGAUUUGAUUCUCUCUGUGACCGGGGCGAUGGACGCGACUUCUAACCAUCUGUUGGAUCGACUACAGGCAACCAGAACUCCAAGCCCGACGCUGAUGCACUCGCCAUCCCCCACUCCGGAGCACAGCUUCGCAGACCUCCUGGACGUAGACUCGAACGUCCCGGACCUGAUGUCUGACGACAGCAAACCCGCUCCGAUGGAACUGUUGCAGAACCAGGACAUCCUAGACUUGUUCGACGCGCCGAACACCGACACCACGACCACCACGAUAUUCUCUUCGUCAAUGGCAGCAGGGGACGCGAGCAACCUGGUCAGCGGAGUGACAAUGUCAACCACCACGGCUCAGGACAACCCGUUCGCCAACAUGUCUGACCAAGAGGCACCCGCGAUGGCAGCUGAAGAUACAUUCAGUGACUACCAGGAAACAGCGUCCAUCACCAGCGAGAAAAGGCCUUCCGUGGUUUCGACGACGGGCGUGGUAGGCAGUGACAUCGACGAGAAGGUCAUCGAUUUCGCUGCUGAGGCUCCAGCGGCCAUCGACGCUCAACCAGCUAUCUCCGCUUCGGAACUGUUCUCAACCGCGACCGACCAGCUCGCGACCGCCACAGCUGAGUCGAAUUUCUUCUCUGUCACCGACACCACUACCACGGCUCCGUUCGGAGUCACCGACGUCACCAGUUCACCAUUUUCGACCUCUGCUCCGCAACCGUCGCCCACGCAGCUCUUGUUCUCCACCGCUGACACCGGCCCACCCUCCUCGAAGCCCUCCGGUCCGUUCGCGUCCGAUUUGCUCGGUGAUUUCGGGGACACCGGUAAAGACGUCAGCGCUGCACCAGUGACGAGUCCACUUCCGGCCUCCGAGUUCCCUGCCGGCGAGCCGUACAAGGCUGACGAGCAGCUGGACACCUUCGCAGCCGCUACCAAGGCUGUCGAGAACACUGGAGAUGCUUUCGACAUCUUCGCGUCCAAGUUCGACAAGGCUGCCGAGCCUGAUGCCAACGCUGACCCGUUUCUGGAUGCUUUCGGCGGAGGGCCGACUGCGAUGGACACUUCCAGCGAUGUUUGGGGCGAUUCCUCUGUGACCGGCUCGGAAACAGCGGCGACCGGUUUCGGGGAAUCUGACGGGUUCGACUCGUUCCUCAGCAUGACCGCGCCGCCGCAGGAAGCGAAGCUGAAGAGGGCGGAGUCCGCGGAGUCCGAUGAGGGUCCCGACUUCAGUGUUUUCAUCAAACCCAAAACAGGAGAAGACACCGCGAGCAUGGAGGACGGAUCAGUCCCCGUAUUGGCUCCGCCACCAAAGAGUCCUCAGAACACCGCGUACGCUGACUCCUCGCCUCGGUUCAACCCCUUCGACAAGUCCGGAUUCGCUCAGGAAGCCGUUGUCCCGCCGGAGGCCGUUCCGAUGCCAGAGAUGACUAGGACGGACUCCCAGGAAACUCCACCGACGCCAUUGUUCGACGAGGACGUCAGCCAGCCGUUAGAAGACUUCCCGAGGGUGACGUACACCGGCGACGGAUGGGAGAUGCAGCUGCGCCAGCCGAACAAGAAGAAGAUCACCGGUCAGCGGUUCUGGAAGAAGAUCUUCGUGAAACUCGUCUACCAGGCCGACAAUCCUGUUCUCCAGUUGUUCAACAAUAAGGACGACAAAGAUCCGUUCCAAGAGCUGCCUCUGCUUCCUUGCUACUCGGUCUCCGACAUCGGGGCGCAACAGUUCGAUCAAUACGGCAAGAUCUUCACGGUGAAGCUGCAGUACAUCUUCUACAAGGAACGCCCCGGGGUCAGGCCGGGUCAGGUGACCAAGGCUGAGAGACUCACGAACAAGCUCAGCCAGUUCGCUGCGUAUGCUAUUCAGGGUGACUACCAGGGGGUGAAGGAGUUCGGCAGCGACCUGAAGAAGCUGGGUCUUCCUGUCGAACACGCGCCGCAGAUCUCUCAGCUCUUCAAGCUCGGCUCCCAGACGUACGAAGACAUGAAGCAAUUCUCUUGCGCCAUCGAGGAGGCAUUGUUUAGAUUAUCCGCUCACCGAGAUCGAGCACUCACUUACAAGAUGGAGGAGGUGCAGAUAACCGUGGUGGAUGAGCUCUACGUCGAGCAGAGUUCCGAGGGCCACGUGGACAAGCAGAUUGCGCGCGUUCGACUGUUUUUCUUGGGUUUCCUUACAGGCAUGCCUGACGUCGAGCUGGGGAUAAACGACAUGUGGCGACAGGGGAAGGAAGUAGUGGGCCGUCACGACAUCAUUCCGGUGGUCACGGAAGAGUGGAUCCGGCUGGAGAACGUAGAGUUCCACGCAUGCGUCCAGCAGGACGAGUACGAAAAGUCGAGGAUCAUAAAGUUCAAGCCACCCGAUGCAUGCUAUAUUGAACUCAUGCGAUUCCGUGUCAGGCCGCCUAAAAACAGGGAGCUUCCCCUUCAGCUUAAAGCCGUAAUGUGCAUUACCGGUAACAAGGUGGAGCUGAGGGCCGACAUCCUCGUGCCAGGAUUCGCCUCGAGGAAACUGGGCCAAGUGCCCUGCGAGGACGUGAUGGUCCGGUUCCCGAUCCCGGAGUGCUGGAUCUACCUGUUCAGGGUCGAGAAACACUUCAGGUACGGGUCGGUGAAGUCUGCCCAUCGGAGAACCGGCAAGAUCAAAGGCAUAGAGAGAUUCCUCGGCGCGGUGGACACUUUGGAGCCGCAGCUGAUGGAAGUUACCUCGGGACAGGCGAAAUACGAGCAUCAACAUCGCGCCAUCGUGUGGAGGAUGCCUAGGUUACCGAAGGAGGGUCAAGGGGCUUACACGACGCAUCAACUGGUCUGUCGUAUGGCUCUGACUUCGUACGAUCAGAUACCUGAAAAUCUCGCGGAAUACUGCUACGUGGAGUUCACGAUGCCGGCGACCCAGGUGUCCCAUACGACAGCGAGAAGCGUCAGCCUUCAGAACACCGACAGCGAUGACCCGCCGGAGAAAUACGUUAGGAACCUGUCGCGGCAUGAGUAUAGAGUCGGCAUCGAGCAUACGCAGGGCGAAGGUCCAGGCGCGUACGUGUCAGCGACGAUCGGGAAGAAGAUCCCUGAAUCAACGCCGGAGGUACACAGCGAGGUGUCGGACUCGGCGCCAGCCGAUUCCGAUUUCGAUUCGGACUCCGAGUAAAUCCAACCGAAUUUCCGCGGAAACCUCUGACAAGUCGCAAUCGAACUAAUCACUCGUCGACGAUAGGUAUUCAGAUGGGACGAAUAUAUAGGAAACGAUGCCUGUGACAAGACGCGCGGCGAGCGGUUUCACGGCGGCGAGUUUGAAACGCUGACCGCAUCCAUUCAAGAAGACACACCCCGACGAACGAAACUAUCGAGAAAUCCUCCGUGAUGCGACUGGCCAACCAGUCGUCAUCGAACGCACAUCAGUAUUAUCUCGGUCGCUGCGUUUCCUCGCUCGUUUCGAUCGACGCACGCCGCGAGACGCGCCCUCGCCGCGAGUUUCGCGUUAAGCCGCGUCCCCGCGAGCGCCGAACGACUCCGAAUGGAACAUUCUUGGUCUGGCUUGGGUCUGUUGUAUAAUAACGGUUAUAACGUUUAUCGAACGACAAUAUUACACCUGCUCAAACAAGAAAACUCACGGCGUCGCAUGGAAACCGUAACAUCCGGGGUUACGCGUUAAAUGAAACUGCACCGGUUUUCGUGUAUAGAUUUAGCGUAUAAAAGUUGCAACUGUGAUUAGCGACAGCCCCAUUUGUUCGGUACGUAUUUACUUGGCGUAUAGAGUGUGCCCACAACGAAAUAUCUAGCUUGAUUCGCGUGUUACUUUCGAUCGUCCCGAUGUUGCCGUUUCCGCGCGGUGGCCCGUGUUUAUAACUAUUAAUAAUGAAUGGGCGAAUUAAUUAUACAAUAAUACGAUUAUCGUGUACAGCGGUGUGGACUAAAGAUAACGUUACAAGCUCGAGGAAGAACGGCCGUCGUUCGUUGGAGGAACGACGGCUCCCCGUGUUCCGCGCCAGCGGGUACGCGGCUUGGCCCAAAAUAGCAGUUAACGAAAUGUACGUACGAAACAAGUAAUUUGUAAGGGAGGACAAUACUGAUUUUACGUUCGGUUUAGCUUGCUAAGUAGUAAAACACGGACGCGCGGCGAAAGGCUUUGCCACGCUGCCCGUCGAAGGGCGAGAUCGGACGCUGCGGAAGCGUGGAUUUAACGUAGAUCGUUGUUGACUAGUCGGUCGAAGAUGUUUCUUUAUAUUUUUCUCGGUUCCUUUCUUGUCCGCGGAAUAGAACACGGAACACGCGUUGCUCCCGAAACGCUCCUCGGAUGGUAACGGGAAACCCCGUCGCGGCGGUACACGUCGAUCAGAGGACAAUAGUUGUUAAAUUAAGGGAAAUCGUUGCAAUUACGGAGGAUCGUGCGCGCAUAUCUUAUCGUUUGAGCUUGCAGAGGAAGUAUAUCGAAUGUUAUUCAGUCGUAGAGCGUAGUUUAUCGAGAAUAACCGUCGGUUAAUAGGCAAAUAAGAGAAUAAUUAUAACGAGUGAGAUGGGUGAUGAUCGUUUCGCCUGUGUGCGUGCGUGUGCGAAUGUAACCGUAAGGUAACGAGAAAAAGAAAGUGCGUUUGCGUUUGAGAGCGAGAGAGAGAGAGAGAGAGAGAGAGAGAGGAUCAGUGUACUUACUAAGACUGUUCGGAAUGAAAGGUACGCCUGCGAUUUCUCUAGAUCUUAUAACAUUAUUUCGUACCGCGUUAGGUCGCGAGAACAGGUUUGAACGCUUCGCGAAUUAAUCUGUAAUUUACAGCUGUAAGUUUCCGUUUCCGAGUUUCAUUCGUCGAUUAGUUAAUUCGCGUGAAAUCGACCGACGCUGAUUUGGUCUUUUUAGCGUCGAGAAUGAUUCCACGCGAGAGCUGCGCGAGGAUUAAGGCUGCGGUUACAUUUGGUGCGUGCUAGUUCAGUAGAAUGGACGUUCCGACGAACUCGUAUCUGAAAAUCGUUGUGUAUACACUUUUAGGAAUUCGAGUACUUCGUUUUGACUGACUUCUUGACUCAUCGACUCAUCGACAAUUGACGUAUUGACUGAAUUUGAUCGAGUUCAUCGAGAUUUUUGGAGGACAAACGCCUGGAAGUUGCUACGUAUAUGAUUUCUAGGAAUUUGUGUAGAUAUUUGAUUGAUUUCGUGUAUCGACUCAGUAGUAUUGAGUUUAUCGAACGGGUAACUCGUCUGAAUUCACAUCCAGUGUAAUCGCAGUUUAAUAGAAUUCUUUAGGAUAAGGUCGGUCGGCGACUCGAGGGUCGCCGCCAUUAAUUUAUAACUGGAAGAACGAAGGGGUAGACACGUAAGUUUCCUUUCGAAGAUUUUCAAGAUUUUUGGUUUAACGUUUUUUCUCAUCCUGCAAAGGAGAUUGGAAGAGUCACUCUAGUCCUUAGCUUGUAAGAAUUAAACCGCGCGACCCGUCGGACGCCCACGAGCUCCGGUCACGCGUCCCACUACGGAUAUGGGUGUAAUUAUAGAUCCAACGACGUUUAGAGAUGUCGGCCGAUAUGCCAACUGACUUUAGCGGUAAUCUAGGGUUAAUCAAGCGAUCGUGUCGGUUUAUAGAUUGUCGCUCUGAUCCGUGUCAGCGCGAGACGAUGCAUCGAAUCGUGGUUAUUACAUAGGUAAUAGCGUCUUCCCAGUGGCUUCGUCAGCGGAACAAGAUGGCGUCCGCUGGUCACUCGUUUCGCAUACUUUGCCUUUUGAGUUUCUGUUUGAAAAAAGUACAUUCAACUGGUCGAAAGUCGUGUAACGAAAUUAUAAUUGCGGAAGCCUGUUCGAUCAGACGAUCAUUAAGUCUAUCAUAAAUAUUAAUUUCACUGUUAUUUUUAUCGCAUAAUGCUUUCUUACAACAAUUUCUACGUACACGCUUGAAAUUAAAGUACUAAGGAUACAAUUAGGAAAUGAAUGAAGUAUUGGAAUAGCCUGCUUAAGAGAAACUACAAAUUCAAAGUAAACGAGGAUUUCAAGUGAUUAACGAUUGAACGCCGUAGCCGUCGACGAAGUCGCUGCGAAGCAAUUGUAGGGGAAAAAAUUGGGUUCCGUUCUUUGAGAGGCAGCGCCAAAGCUUUUCCGUCCGCGUCAUCGUGACGGUCUGUUUGCGUUCGAUACAUUAAACGGAUCUCGAGGGAGGCAUCUCCGACUCGAGAUAAAACGUUUCCAGCUCGUGAUCUCACCUAAGCGUAAUAUCGCACCGUCGUGCGAUGGAACCGGAACGGCGUCUGUGGAACUUAAAGGGGAAGUGAAAUCCGAUUAAAACACACGAUGCGUAUAUAGAUAGAUAUCUUAGGAAUGGUAUUUAAAUUAGCAAUUUAUGUAUGAUAUACCGGCAUGCCUACCGAUCGUGUUUCUCCGAUGCAACGUGUGGGUUAAGUGCGUGCGUGGGUGCGUGUUAGCUGCAUGCGUGACUGAAACGAAUUGCGCCUGAAAGAGAACGAGAGAGCGAGAGAAAGAGAGAACACAAAGAUCUGUUGCCCGCGCGAGGAGGUCGUAAUUCAAGAUUGAUUUUCUUCGGAUCACCAGAUUUAUUUUGCUGGAAUGUUGAACGAGAAUAGUCGAACGACAUUCAGAAGCCGAUCAUAAUUUACUGGCCGCUUAAUCGCGUAAUUUCUCGCGAUGUGAAGUAUUGAUCUAUGAACUACGUUACAACGAUCGAGUCCCGAACUAUAAUUACGACCGAUACGGAUUAAGGACUCCGUUCGAGAUCAUUCUGCAUUCAUAAUCAAUGGAUAAGCCUUUCACAAGAUAACUUAACCGAGUCCACUUUUCGCGAACGCCUCGAAUUCAGUAUCUCCGAUGUAUUCGUAUUUGCAUCUUUCAGUGCCAAGGCUAAUUGCAAUGAUUCAUUGGUGUGAAUCUUUAUCGUUAAGUCCACGGUAAUAAUGUUUGUUAUCGGAUAGAAAUUCGAACGUACAAAUUAAUUUCGGCGCAAGCAGCAGUAAGCGUAAAUUUGCAAUUGAUAUUUACUAGUAACUGCCUAAACACUCGCAGACAUUUCGCAAAAAUAGUCUACGAUGCGUUUUCUUUUAGACUUGUACGUUCCAUUGAGGGCGCCAUUUUGUCGGAAAGUGGACUCACAAGGUAAUAAGCAAAGAAUAGGUAAUAAGAUUAAUAAUUUCAAGCACGGAGAGGCUUAAAAUAUCAACAACAAAAAAUCGAUCUCCGAGGAAGAUCCAAACAGAAGAGGCUAUUGUUAACAGCCUAAAACUAUUUAACGCUUUACCGCGAUCGGAAAUUCGCUGUUGCUGUCGCUGGUGCUUAAUCGUGUCGGUAAGGUAGAUCUCGCUGAACCAUUACGACCUCCAUUUGUUGCCGCUCCUGAAAACAUCGCCCCGCAUCUCCAGGAAAAAGAAAUUACCCGUUCCCACGCGCAUAAAGUAUUAAACUGCGUAGGUUAAUAGAUAUAAACCUGUUAUUUGGAGUCACUGUAAACGAUUAAUUGUAAAAGAGCUAGUAGUGUCGUUGUUGUUCUUAUCAUUAACGGUAAACCAAAACCAAAAAAAAAAAGAAAUGGAAG